AAAUCAAAGCAAAGAUAGAAAGAACGAAGCAAUCAAAAAGAAGCCAAUGGCAACCUCUCUCACAUUCACAACUCCAAAGCUCACAAACUCCUUUUCAUCGCCAUCCCUCCGAACCCUUUACAGUAAGCUCUCGAUACCACUUUCCCUCUCUCUCACUCUCUCUUCUUCUUCUUUUUCUUAUUCUUCUCACUUCCUCUCCGACCCCAGAACCCUCACUUGCCUUCCUCUCCAUCGCCGCCGGCCCCUCUCUCUCUACCGCGACCGCCGCCGUGGCUUUGCUUCUGCUCGUGCGGAUUCCGAGAAUGGCGCUGAGACGGCACGACACUAUGAGUUCGAUCUCUUCACCAUCGGUGCCGGCAGCGGCGGUGUCCGUGCCUCCCGCUACGCCGCCAAUUCCGGGGCCUCUGUCGCUAUCUGUGAGCUCCCUUUCUCCACCAUUUCUUCCGAAACCACUGGAGGUGUCGGCGGGACGUGCGUACUUCGUGGAUGUGUGCCAAAGAAACUACUAGUGUAUGCAUCAAAAUUUUCUCAUGAAUUUGAAGAGAGUCAUGGUUUUGGAUGGAAAUAUGAGGCUGAACCAAAACAUGAUUGGAACACCUUGAUGGCUAAUAAGAAUGCUGAGUUGCAACGGCUUACUGGUAUUUACAAGAACAUUCUGAAAAAUGCUGGUGUUACAUUAAUUGAAGGUCGUGGAAAGAUUAUGGACCCACACACAGUUGAUGUGGAUGGGAAGCUGUAUUCAGCUAGACACAUACUAGUUUCAGUAGGUGGCCGCCCCUUCAUCCCUGAAAUUCCCGGAAGUGAAUAUGCAAUAGAUUCAGAUGCUGCGCUUGAUCUGCCCUCAAAGCCUACGAAAAUAGCAAUUGUUGGUGGUGGGUACAUUGCCCUGGAGUUUGCUGGCAUCUUCAAUGGCUUAACAUCUAGUGUCCAUGUAUUCAUACGGCAGAAAAAAGUUUUGAGGGGUUUUGAUGAAGAGAUCAGAGAUUUUGUUGAAGAACAAAUGUCUUUAAGAGGAAUUGAGUUCCACACCGAGGAGUCACCCCAAGCAAUCAUUAAAUCUGCUGAUGGGUCGUUAUCUCUGAAGACGAAUAAAGGAACAGUUGAAGGUUUUUCACAUGUAAUGUUUGCAACAGGACGUCGGCCAAAUACAAAGAACUUGGGAUUGGAGACAGUUGGGGUGAAAAUGACCGAGAAUGGAGCAAUAGAGGUUGAUGAAUACUCCCGCACAUCAGUUCCUUCCAUUUGGGCAGUUGGAGAUGUUACAGAUAGAUUGAAUCUCACACCGGUUGCUUUGAUGGAGGGAAUGGCAUUAACAAAAACUUUGUUUCAGAAUGAGCCAACAAAACCUGAUUAUAGAGAUGUGCCUUCUGCUGUGUUUUCCCAGCCACCAAUUGGACAAGUCGGCCUUACUGAAGAACAGGCUAUACAAGAAUAUGGUGACGUUGAUAUAUUCACAGCAAAUUUCAGGCCCUUAAAGGCUACUCUCUCGGGGCUCCCGGACAGGAUCUUCAUGAAACUUGUAGUCUGUGCAAAAACAAACAAAGUUCUGGGGUUGCACAUGUGUGGAGACGAUUCACCAGAAAUUGUGCAGGGAUUUGCGGUUGCCGUGAAAGCUGGCUUGACCAAGGCAGACUUUGAUGCCACAGUUGGUAUUCACCCAACCGCAGCUGAGGAGCUUGUCACGAUGAGAACUCCUACAAGGAAGAUCCGGAAGACAUCUGAGGGAAAGACAGAUCGUGAGGCCAAAGCUGCAGCAGGCGUCUAGCAAUAGUGUAGAUCAACUUCUGCUCAGAGCACCUGGUCUUUUUAAGGUUGUCAUCUGGGAGCUUGCAGGCGAAGUUUUUACUGCGGAAUAGUAGAUGGAUUGUUGGAGAACUUAGAAGCUGACUCAAUAUAGGACCAUCAAGAAACUCGAGUGAAACCUCUCAGUUUUCUACAGUGAUAAUUCUAUAAUUCUGUCCUAAAAGUUUUGCAUUUCUCUGCUUGGCGAUGGGUGGCACUGCAAAUUUGGGAUUACGGAUUCAACAUUUUUCUUCUUUCCCGCUACAUCGAGGAACACAUGUUUCUUCCUUUUCUUUUUCUCUUUCUGGAUCCGACCGACCUCUUUGUACAUUAGAAAUGGAAAGCAUGUCAGUCAAUGAUGUGUUAUUUUGUAAGUCAUGGUUUUAACUGUUUUGUUAAAUAUGUUUAAAUAAAUAUUUAUGUUUCAAUUA